AGCUUACGUUCAGUGGGACUGUGAGUCUGAAUCGGGGGCCCCGUUCGUUCCUGGUCUGCGCGCUGAAGGUCCCGGCACCAGAUGAGAGGGACUCCCUCGUCCUGGGCGUCUACGUGACGCCCGAGAAGGCAAGCUCGAUCACGUCUGCAUGCCCUGUGCCAGCUUGGAUGGUAUCUAUUGUGUCUGAUCAGAGUGCUGCCAACAUGAUCGUCAAUCAGAGACUCACCAAGCUCGAGUUGCCUUCUCACCUGUGUAUCCCGAGUGCUUCUACCAUCACGAUCCAGGUUACCUACCUCUCGCCGUCGACGCCUGUCAGCGCCGAGGACAGCGGGCCCACGCAGCUCACUCGGGUUGAGCUUGGCGGCGAGGUCCAGGCGAAGAGGAGGCAGUCGAGAUGUGCCAACCAGCCACCGAGUGAGGUAUCGUCGGUUUUCGGUGCCAGUGCUGCGUCGGCCUCGAUGGCCAAGAGAGCUGCCGCCAGUGCUCAGUCUGGCGCGGCGCCGGGCAGCGGCGGGCCUUCGGCAGCUGUGCGCGGCGCGAAGAAGGAUAAGCUAUUCCAGCAUCUGUUGAAUUAAGCGCAGUCGUGUGGUUUGUUUGUUUUUCAGGUUGCUCCCCUCGCCCUCACCCCCGCUUC